AUGGCACCCGUCGCUAUUGAGAGCAGCCCACCUCCCACUGCCAACAACUUGAAAACCCGGGAUGGCCAGGCUCUUGAGGAACUUUCCGAUGCCAUCGAUGAGGUCAACGUCCUCAAGGCCAACAUGAAGAAGGAGAAGGAAGCCCUCCAAGAUAAGGGACUAUACGAUGAGUCCGAGUUCGACAAGGAGAAGGACAAGUCUGGUUUCCGUCAAUACCAAGACGCCUGCGAUCGAGUCAAGAGCUUCUACAAGGAACAACACACCAAGCAAACUGUCGCCUACAACCUCAAGGCCCGCCACGAGUUCCACACACAGACCCGCGCCGAGAUGACCAUCUGGGAGGCGAUGGAGAAGCUUAACACCCUGAUCGAUGAGUCCGACCCCGACACGAGUCUCUCUCAGAUCGAGCACCUCCUCCAAUCUGCUGAGGCUAUCCGUCGUGACGGCAAGCCCCGCUGGAUGCAACUCACCGGUCUGAUCCACGACUUGGGCAAGCUGCUAUUCUUCUACAAUGCCCAGGGCCAGUGGGAUGUUGUUGGUGACACAUUCCCCGUUGGAUGUGGUUUCGAUGAUCGAAUUAUCUAUGGUCGGGAUUCCUUCAAGGACAAUGAGGACUUCGGUCACUCUAUCUACGAUUCCAAGUUUGGUAUCUACAGCCCCGGCUGCGGUCUUGACAAAGUUAUGCUUUCCUGGGGUCACGAUGAGUACCUUUACCACAUCGCUAAGGAGCAGUCUACUCUUCCUGAUGAGGCCCUCGCCAUGAUCCGAUACCACUCUUUCUACCCCUGGCACAAUGCUGGUGCUUACCACGAGCUCAUGGAUGAGCAUGAUAAAGAGAUGCUGCGCGCUGUCAAAGCUUUCAACCCCUAUGACUUGUACAGCAAGAGCGACGGCAUCCCCAGUGCGGAGGAGCUGAAGCCCUACUACAUGGAGCUCAUCAACGAAUACUUCCCCACCAAGGUUAUCCGGUGGUAA